UAAAAUGCUAAUCAGAUCGUUGUCCAUUUAAGAUACCGCUAAAUGUCCCAUAAGGGCACAUUUCAGUUAUAGCCACCUAAAGGUAAAGAGCCACAGCUACCCAGGCAAUUCUCUGAAUCUGACAGCACAGUGAAGCAUCCACGAGACUUCAUCCGUUAACCUGCAAGUGAUGUUAGCCUGAUAGCAAGCUAAGACAGACAUAAUUUCGUACUCUCGUUCCCGUCCUCAAGCGCUUCCUUGCACGGAGCAAUUAAGCGUCAGUCCGUCUCUCAACACUGAAGCAGCAUAGGCUGAGUGUAAACGAAUGAGAACCGUAGCGCUGGACUGCAACCUUGCGCGCGGCGGAGGAGACUAGAGCGUAGAGCGAACAGGUGGGCGAGGGGGGUCGAACGCGCGGAGCGGCCAUGAAGAUCGCAGUGGAGGGCUGCUGCCACGGCGAGCUCGACAAGAUCUACGAGACGAUUGGCUACCUGGAGCGCAAGGAGGGCGUGACCGUGGAUCUGCUGCUGUGCUGCGGAGACUUCCAGGCUGUGCGCAAUGAGGGCGACAUGAAGUGCAUGGCGGUGCCGCCCAAGUACAGGAGCAUGCAGACAUUCUACAAGUACUACUCUGGUGAAAAGAAGGCUCCAGUCUUGACCAUCUUCAUUGGGGGCAACCACGAGGCCUCGAACCACCUGCAGGAGCUGUCUUAUGGGGGCUGGGUGGCCCCCAACAUCUAUUACUUGGGUUAUGCUGGAGUGGUGCGCUACAAAGGGAUCAGGAUCGGUGGCCUGUCAGGAAUCUUCAAAUCGCAUGACUACAGGAAAGGACACUAUGAGUUCCCACCGUACAGCCAGGAAACACUGCGAAGCGUCUACCACAUCAGGAACAUUGACGUCUUCAAGCUGAAGCAGAUCCAGCACCCCAUGGACAUCUUCAUGUCGCACGACUGGCCACGCGGUAUUUAUAACUACGGCAGCACCGAGCAGCUGCUGCGGAAGAAGAAGUUCCUGCGGCAGGAAGUGGAGACCAACACGCUGGGCAGCCCCGCCGCGGCCGAGCUGCUGGCCCACCUGCAGCCGGCCUACUGGUUCUCCGCCCACCUGCACGUCAAGUUCGCCGCCUUCGUGCAGCACCAGGCCCAGGGCGACUGUGCUCCGCGCACGACCAAGUUCCUCUCUCUGGACAAGUGCCUCCCACACCGGGACUUCCUGCAGGUGGUGGAGCUGGCAGACCGGCCUGGCUGCUCUGAGCAGCUGGAGUAUGACCCGGAGUGGCUGGCCAUCCUGAAGGCCACAGACUGCCUGCAGAGACCCUCACCCGGACCCUGGAACCCCCCCCAGGACAACGGACUGCACAGCAAGUGGGACUACAGUGCCUCAGAAGCGGCCAUGUUGGAGGUGGUGGGGGACCUGGGAGGGGAGCUCCAUAUCCCCGAAAACUUCUGCGUCACGGUGCCGGCCUACGACCCCAGCCGCCCCCAGCCCCAGGUGGCCCCCGCCUACGCCACCAACGCUCAGACCACGGAGCUGUGCGCCACCCUGGGCCUGACAGACGUCUACGCCAAGGCGGGGCGCGCCGCGGGCCCCGGAGAGGCAGGGGGCAAGGGCGCCUCCGAGGAGGAGGAGGAGGAGGAAGAGGAGGAGGAGAACCAGAGCACGGGCAGCGCGGAGGAGCCCAGCGAGUACCCCACUGACACCUCGGGCCUGUCCAGCUCCUACAACCCCGACGAAAUCACCAUCGAGGACGAGUGGGAGGAAGAGGAGGAGGACGGAGGGGGUGGGGUGAAGAAGAAGGGGGCCGGCCCCCCCAGCCUGAGCCCCGACGCCGUGGUCCCGGAGGGGCAGGGCGGCGCCCAGGACGCAGACAGCCCCUCCAGAGACCUGGCCUCCAGCCGCCUGGUCCUGCCCCCUCCCCGGCUGUCCCUCCCCCUGGACCUCCCUCCCCCCGCCCACUCCACUCCUGGCUCCGCCUCCCCGUCCCACUGCAGCCCAACGGAGGAAGGGAGCCCCCUGCUGGUGAGGAUCCCCAAGCGCACCAGCGGGGAGGCGGGAGCCCCCGGCAGCGCCGGCAACACCCCCAAGAUCAAACGCCGGAACCAGACCAUCUACACCGCCCCGGACGACGAGGAGGAGGAGAGCGAGGGGUAGAGGCAGGAGAGGGAAGGAUGGAGGGAGGAGA